AUGCAGCAGAGCGGAGCGGCUGGAGGCCGUGGCUGCGCUCUGUUCCCACUGCUUGGCAUCUUGUUCUUCCAGGGUGUUCACAUCGUCCUUUCCUUGGAGAUUAAAGCAGAUGCCCACGUCCGGGGUUAUGUGGGCGAGAGGAUCAAGCUGAAGUGCGCCUUCAAGUCGACUUCGUCUGUCACCGACAGACUCACCAUAGACUGGACGUACCGGCCCCCCGGCAGCAGUCGAGCAGAAUCAAUUUUUCAUUACCAGUCCUUCCAGUAUCCAACCACAGCAGGUACAUUUCGGGAUAGAAUUUCCUGGGUUGGAGAUGUAUACAGAGGGGAUGCGUCUAUCAGCAUAAGCAACCCUACCCUCAAGGACAAUGGGACAUUCAGCUGUGCUGUGAAGAAUCCCCCAGAUGUGCACCACAAUAUCCCUGCGACAGAGCUAACAGUCACAGAAAGGGGUUUUGGCACCAUGCUGUCCUCUGUGGCCCUCCUGUCCAUCCUUGUCUUCCUGCCCUCCGCUGUGGUGGUGAUUCUGCUGCUGGUGAGGAUGGCGAGGAAGUCUGCAGGGCUGAAGAAAAGGAGCAAGUCUGGCUACAAGAAGUCGUCUAUUGAGGUUUCCGAUGACACGGACCAAGAGGAAGGGGAUGACUGCAUGGCGAGGCUUUGUGUGCGUUGUGCUGAAUGCCUGGACUCUGACUAUGAAGAGACAUACUGACGACAGUCUUCAUGACACAAGAAGAGUCACCUGCUAGCAGAAAAUGUUCCGUCCCACUGGCAGCUAAAGCCUCUCGGAGAAGCAGGGCUGGCUUGGAUGGCAGUGCUGGAGGAUUCUAGAAGUCAUCAGGAGAGACUUCAGGAACCAUUUAUUUAUUGAAGAAAUGUUCUUUUUAUAUUUAUAAACUAUUUAAGGACUCUUCAAAGAAACUCAUAACUACCCCUUUUAAUGACUUACACUCUAGUUGAAUGAAGGAGUUCUCUUCCUGGAUAGAAAGACGGUUUUUGUUUCCCCUGUGUUUUUGGAUGUAUUCUGUGUUUUCUUCCAGUUAUUUGAGGGGAAUCCUAAAUGUUGGCCACACCGUGGAUGCCAAAAUAUCUUUAAGAAAUGAAAUGGAGCUCGUAGCUUCCUGAUAGGCUACCAGAUGAAGUGUCUGUUGGGGAUAAGUGUCCUUUGUUAUUUGCUCCAUGAACGUUUUCAGCUGUGAAUCAGCAAAGAGCCUACACUCCUUGGUUUUGUGACACCAUUGGUUGUGUUUGGAUGACUUGGAACCCUAAUUUCUGUGGAGCUGGCAGGGCUGGGAGUCCAUGGUUUGCUUUGACUGGGUUUUUAAAGUAUUAAAGUGUCAUCAAUUUAUAAUUAAGGAAGGGACUGUUGACCUAAAGGGAUCCCUUCCUUUUGUCUUGCUAGGUGCAGUUUGUUACUUUACUCUCUUAUAGUUGACUGAUUGGUGGUUUCCUUCUUGAUGUCCUGGAGCAGAGGCAAGAAAAACUCUUUGACAGGCUUUUAGUGGGGAAUGUAGAGAUAUUUUCUCAGUUAUUUGCAAGGAAAUACUCUUUUUUAACAAAUGCCACUCCAAAGUUCAGGUGUUGGAUUGGCUUUAAUGAGGCUUCUAUUUAUAGGAAAUAAUCUUGUUGACCUAAGUCAUGCUUUAGAACUUUCUUGUGUUCUAAAAUGCGCCAAAUAUGAGUGAGCUAAGGUAUUUAUGUACGAACGGUUUUUACAUAAUAUUUGACAUAAGGAAGUGAGGUGGUACAUAAUGUUUACUCAUUUCUGUUCUCUGAUACCUUACAUCAACUUCCUCCAUUUUCCCGCAGUAAGUGAUUUCAAACUUUAAUUUACAUAGGAUUUUCUGUAAGCCAUUAAGAGAUACAUGUGACAUGUCCAGAAGGAUCGACAGUGUAGUCCUCUGUAAAACAGCGAUAGAGUUUACUUCUCAAUUAUGAGAGAGAAAAGAUUUCCCCUCUUCCCAUCAUCAUUUUUUUUUAGCAGGAGAGUCCGAGAUCCUUCACUAGGUGGCUCAGGCGGUUUCCAUAUUAUAGCCUAAUAGACUGUAUACAGUAUCCAAAAAAGUUACUUCCCCAGGAUUUAUUUUUUUAAAAUGUGGGUUAUUAGUUCUGGAAGUCAUCAGUAGAGACUUUUAAAAAGAUGGCAUAGGUUUGGCCUGGCCUUUUUUGUCAAUCUAGUCCAUACGUAAGAGAGUCUCGUUGGUUAAUUAGAAAUUAUGCUUUUGUCUGGUCACGUAAGGAAGUGGAAGAGGAAAAGACACAUUGACUGUUUAUUUCCAGUGGUUAAGCCUCAGACUCUUGAGCUGCUUGGGCUCGUCUGGGGCCAGUCUAGUGAGACGGUCUGACACCUCAGCAGAGAAGGGAAAAUGUGUCUGAGCAACGAGAGUAAAUACUUUGGGCUCUAGGAGAUCGGAAGAUAGAGAUCUAAUUGUGAGGCAGACUUCUCGUGGGUCCUCCUGUCUCUGAGAAAGAGAUGGUGCUACAGGAACCCAGCUAAAACCGCAUUUCAUGAAUUGAGGAACUGGUUUUAUCUGGGUUUUCUUGUAAUUUCCCUUCAGGCCUGUGAUGAGGAUUAAUCCGGGGUGGGGGGGGGUGUUUGUCCCUCCAGGUAGAUGCUGCCGCGUGGAGACUUGGUAGUCCUUAUUUUGUAGCCUUGAUCAUGAUUUGAACGAGUCCCUUUCUUCUUAAGUGACUGGACGGUAGCAUCCUUCAUGGGAAGAGAGUAAGCUGAUUGAUUAUUCAGUCCGCUCCAUGGCUUUAAAAGGUCACAUCAGUCAUAGGGCUGCUGUCCUCACUGAUCUCUUAUCUUGAGUCUGGCUUACAGCCUUACAGCAUUUUUUCCCUCCUCUCCCCUCCCUUCUCCUCUCCCCUUUCCGUCCAUCCAUCCUUCC